GUCGCUACGUGUUUGACCUUGCCUCAUGUGUGACGACAACCCGGAAUAAGGAAGAGCAAAGUAAAGAACAGCUAGCGGCUGUGUAGCUCCAUCCCGAGUGUCCCACAGCUAAAACUUUCACUUUAUCUACUAUUAUAACAUUUUUGCAGGUGCGUCCGCUGUGCCAAUCAUCUUGCCAGCUGGAAAAUGCAGUCUGGCAGGGAAAGACUCUGGAUCUUUGCUGCAGCCAUACUGCUGACCUUGUUUCUGCUGGAUGCUGUUGGUGUUGCACAGGCGAAGAACUUUGAGGAUGUUCGCUGCAAGUGCAUCUGCCCACCACACAGAAACAUCAGUGGCCACGUGUAUAACAGAAAUGUCUCCCAGAAGGAUUGUAACUGCCUCCAUGUAGUGGAUCCCAUGCCUGUGCCUGGCCACGAAGUGGAAGCUUAUUGCCUGUUGUGUGAGUGCAAGUAUGAGGAACGAAGUAGCAACACCAUCAAGAUAACCAUCAUCAUUUACCUGUCUGUUGUGGGUGCACUGCUGCUCUACAUGCUGUUCCUGCUACUGGUAGAUCCUCUUAUUCGCAAACAUGACCCAUACACCCAGCCGCUGCACAACGAGGAGGACUCUGAGGAGAUGCGACCACAAGUGGACAGCAGUCAGGCCAGAGGAAACACGGUCCUGGAGCGGGUUGAGGGAGCACAGCAGCGCUGGAAAAAGCAGGUCCAGGAACAGCGCAAAACUGUUUUUGACCGUCACAAGAUGCUUAGUUAAAUCCUACAGCUGAUCUCAAGCCAAGCUUAGAAUAGGUAACGUCCCUCUGCUCAGCACUCUUACACCCUCACCAGCUGCUAUCUGGUAAUCUAGUAUCUCUUUGUCACCAAUGUGCAGCACACCUUCUGAAUAAUCAUUUUAUUGCUUAGAAGUAUUUAACCACACUGAUCUAACAAAAAGAUUUUUUUUUAUUAUAUGUAUGAGUUUAGGGUAAAUUGCAGGAAAAACAGCAUGUUUUCACACUCUUAACUGCUCGAUCACUUAACUGCUUAACCAAUUCAGCAAGUUUGAUUUUGAAGUAAGAUUUUGAACGUCUUGGUAAAGUAUGAACCAUUUUUGUCUUUUUUAGUCAGACUUUUAAGCUUCCUUAUGAUGUUUUUUUUUGGUAGCUACUUGUCAAAUUUGUGUAAUAUUAAGGUGGUUAACUUGUAGCAUAAUUUAUGAAUUUACUUGCUAAAAUGUAAAAUUUACUGUAUGUAUGUUAUUUGUCAGUAUUUUGUUAGAAAUAGUACCCUGUGUGCCAAAUAUUGGACAUUCCCUAGUUUAUCACUAAUAAUGAUUUAUUUGUUAUUAUAAUUUAUUUAUUCCCCAUUGCUGUGGAUAUUAACAUGGGUAUAUUAUCAUCACAGAGUAAUUAAAGGAUUGUAUAUUUUUGGUUUUUUAUAUUUAAUGCUUUGACAUUUCUACCUUUAAGACGGCCCUAAUAUGUGCCUUUUUCUGUUUCUCUCCUUGUGUGGGUCAGUGUGUUAAGCAAACUCCAGUGCAAAACUUUGCUCUGAAAUGUUCAAAGUUCACAAGUUGUAAAACAUAGGUAUUUACAUAAGUAUUUACAAUACGGUGAGGUCUACCAGUGCAUUCGGUGAGCAUAUCAUCCAUCUAUGACCUGGACACAAGGCCACAUUUGCGUGCUGUAUUUUUCAGUUUGAUGGAACAUACUUUCCCAUGCAAAGAGAGAAAUGGAGAGUGGGGCAUUUAACAGAGCUUUAAAGCCAUCCACAGUUGAAUCAAAGCUCUGCCACUGAAUGUGAUAAAUCAGUAAAGAUGCUGAGAAUGUGGUUAAGUGUGGCAGAAUCGGGUUGCUUCAUGACUUUGAAGGUCCCUUGAGUGCAUCAUUAUUUGUCAGCGAAUUCUCAUUCGCAUCUUACCACUGAAGGUCUCUUUUGGGGAAUUUUUAAUGCGACAAAGGCCAAGACACACUGAGUCACAUUACCUCAUGCACUUUGUGAACUGCUGAAGUUUAUUUGCCUGUAAAGGUUUGUUUUAUUACUGAAUUUUUGGAUUUAUUGAUUUAAGUAUCAUUUAAUGUCACUGGUAUCAGUGGUUUUUAUUUUAGGUUUAUCUGUGAUUAUGCAGUAUUGCACUGCUCAUGUCUGCGCAUUCAGCUUUAAGAGAAAUAAUAAAAAAAAAGAGUUGCAAAA